UCCAACCGCCCAGCAACGACACCUGACACCUGAGGUGCGUCGCCUCUAGCCCCGCCCUCCUCAGUGUCAGGACGUCGGUCGGUUCACCUGAGUGGGACAAAGCAGGGCCAAACAUUGAUCCAGGAACGGUGUACCUGUGUAAGUUAAAUAGACUCGUAACGGAUUAGUUCACAAUGGAUGAGGUGUUUUUUAAAACCGCGUUACCUACGCUGGACUCGCUCGUGCUGGAGGACUCCAGCCUGGCUCUGCCGGCCGAGCCGAAACCAAUGUCCUCCAUGAAAGUGAAUUCAAACGACCGGAGCCUGCGCGUUCAUCAGCAGGUUCAGCUCACACUGGCACGGAAGGCGAGAAAGAAUAUGUCCAAUGGUAGUGUCCAUUUACAGAAAAACACAGCAAAGAGCUUUGAUGGUGCAGAUGGACUUUUAUCAAACAUGAAGGUAAAUGGAUUUAUGAGCUCCACCAACUGCUCUUUUUCAAACAACCAUUUGCGAAGACCCUCCAGGAGGGUGGAAGUGUCUCCACCACCGAGCCCAGAGUUUCCUCGCAGUCGCUUCAAUUGCAGUACCCUCCGUUAUGGGACGUACAGCCACCCAGGACACAGUCAGUCACACAGGUUCUCUGGCACUCUGCUGGACCGCUCGUUUGGCUCUGAUUCAUUUCAUCGGUAUGCCUUCUCUGAGAUGCCACGUCCCAUGUGGCCACAAACGUCCACGGCUGGACACGGGAGCUUCCGCAGGACAUCAUUCAGACAGACGGCAGCAGCACCACAGUUUGCAAAUGCAGCGUUUCAGCAAAAUGGUGAAUAUGACUCUCGCUGGGGUCACAACCAAAGUGUGGCCAAACAGGACAAACACACCUUUCAGGGACAGGGUGGUACCAUGAUGCUUGGUGCUACCCAGACUGACGAAGCCAUGUCCUGGUUGGCUCAGAUGAGGAGGGCUGCUCAGCAGCAGAGUAUGCGGAAGUCAUACCCACCUUCAGUCAUCAGCAUGGAGGUGGACACAGGGAGGCCGAUGGAAGUAGAUCUCCCUAUUCAGCAGAUACAGGCGGAAAAUGUCACCACAUUGAAGUCAGAGAACAAGCCUCCAGAGAUGACGAUGGAGAGGGCCGUGAAUCUGUUGAACCAGGAUAAUGAAGAAACACUUAUCUGUGCAGCCAGCCACAUACAGAAUCAAUGUUUCAGGAACACAGACGCUAAAAAGAUUGUGUACUAUCUCCAUGGGAUUGGAAAGCUCCUGAAUCUUCUCCGCAUCGACAACGAGGAGGUGCAGCGUGUCGCUGCUGGGGCUCUACGUAACGUUGUCUACCAGAGUGGCGAAAACAAGAUGGAGGUGAAGGAAAACGAUGGUCUGGCCAUCAUUUUGCCUGCGUUGAAGAGCAGCCGUGAUGUGGAGACCAGACGAGAGCUUACUGGUCUUUUGUGGAACCUCUCCUCUCAUGAUCUUUUGAAGGAACGCAUCUCCAGAGAGGCAUUAUCUGUCCUCACCAAGUCAGUCCUGGUACCAAGUUCUGGCAUUUCUGAAGGCGAGAACCCAAAAGACGAGCUCCUAGCCGAUGCCGCUGUGUUUCACAAUGCCACCGGCUGCCUCAGAAAUCUGAGCUCUGCUGGUCCAGAUGGCAGGAAAGCAAUCAGGGAGUGUGAGAAUCUUAUUGACUCUCUGGUCUACUACAUCCGAGGAGCCAUAGCUGACUACAAGACAGAUGACAAGUCCACAGAGAACUGCGUCUGCAUCUUGCAUAACCUGUCUUAUCAGUUAGAGGCAGAGCUUCCUAUGAAGUACUCAAGGGAUCUGAGAGAAUCACGACAAAGCUUGGCUCCCAAACCAAAGGCUGUCGGCUGCUUUUCAUAUCGUGGUGCCAAGAUCACAGAGCAUCUGGAGCGAGAGAGCCCCCUUCUGGAGGAGAAUGCUAACCCCCGUGGCAUAGAGUGGUUGUGGAGCGCCAUCACUAUUCGGAUGUACCUGUCACUGAUGGCCCGCAGUGUGCGUCACUACACCCAGGAGGCUGCCAUCGGAGCCCUGCAGAACAUCACGGCUGGGAAUGGACCACUGAUUGAAGCCAUCGCCUUCACUGUUGUUCAACGGGAAAAUGGCCUCCAGCAUGUCAAGAAGAUGUUGGAGGAGGGUGAGACUGAUGUGAAGAAGACAGCCAUAUCUUUAAUAAAAAACCUCUCGCGCUACCAGGAACUGCACCCAGAAAUUGUGAAGCGUGUGUUGCCAGAGGUGGUGGAGAUGCUCCCCAACGACGACACCGGCACUGACCAGCCCACGGAGGUGACGGUGUCUCUGUGUCAUAUCCUGAUUAACCUGUGUCAGAGUGACAGGCAGCACGUCAAAGCCAUCGUCAAUCAGGGAGCUCUCCCAAAGAUCAUCAACAUCAGCAACAAGGACAACGGUUUUGGACCAACCAGAGCAGGCCAGGCAGCGUGUGUCCUGCUGCACACCAUGUGGAAACACACUGAUCUUCAUGGGGCCUACAAGAAGUGUGGGUAUAGGAAAGCUGAUUUCAUCAAUUCAAGGACAACAAAGGCUGUGAACUCUGGAUAAGACUGAGCUGAAGAUCUAAAAAUAGCAAUAACUCAUGCACUGUUCCUCCUUAGUACUGUAACAGUCGGCAAACCUUUAAUUCUUUCCUCUUAUUGCUGCAGACAAAACUUUGUCUACAUUUCUCUUAAAAGUCCUAUAAAAUGCCUUGAAAUCUGUGUAUACCAUGUUAUUGCUGCUAGUGUGUAGGCUUUAGCAGACUGUAUUUAUAGAAUAUGGCAGAAAAAUAUAAAAAGAAUAUAAUAUUCAGAACCAUGCCCUUUAUCAUGGGGUCUGCCCCACUGACUAGUAUAAAGAAUGGACAGCGUACGUGUGGCAGGUUUCUGAAGAGUUGUUUUGAAGCUCAGAAUAUCUGGCUCUAGCCGCCACCAUGUUCAUAGUCCUGCCUCUAAUCUUAAAAUGGGCAAAGACGUGGAUCAUCAGCUGACCUAAGGCAGGCUGAUGACUCCUGGGUUCUCCAACAAACCAUCUGUAAUGGCACGUACCUGUUGUCAAGGCAUCAUGCUGUUAAUUCCGCAUAACUUUAAGCCUUAAUAUUAUUUGAACAGGUGGGUUAUAUAAAAAUUCAGAAGGGAGGAAACUAGCUAUA